AUGGUCGGUGAGGUGGUUUUCACGGGCCCAUGCACGCAACCAAUCACCAUCGAGAUUCAGGGCAACAUCACGGCAAGCUCCGACCCGAGCUCCUACUCACAUGGCGCUUGGAUUAUGGUCCAGCAUGCCGAGAACGUCGAGGUCACCGGUGGCGGCACCAUCAACGCCCACGGCAAGGACUUUUGGGGAUUUUCCGAUGGUGACACUAGUGUCCUCCCCGUGUCUUUUGUAUUCCAAGCAGUCUCAAACUGCAAGUUGCACGACCUCAAUUUCGUCGACAGCAUGGGGUUCCACACGAAGGUAACCGACAGUCACGACGUGGCCGUGAACAACUUGAAGAUCACGGCACCCGAGACGAGUCCCAACACGGACGGCCUCCACUUGAGCAACGCCACCAACAUCGACAUCACGGACUCCAUCAUCGGGACCGGAGACGACUGCAUUUCCAUAGGCCAAGGGAGCAAAAAUGUCACCGUUACCGGAGUCACGUGCGGUCCCGGACACGGAAUAAGUGUCGGGAGCCUUGGAAAGCGGCCGAACGAAUUAGAUGUGGCGGGGAUCACCGUAAAGAACUGCACGCUCACGGGCACGACCAAUGGCGCGAGGAUCAAGACAUUCCAUGAUUCCCCACAACUAAGCGCGUCGGGAAUUAUCUACCAAGAUAUCGUGAUGAAUCAAGUCAAGAAUCCAAUCAUCAUCGACCAACACUAUAGCUCCAAGAACAAGCCAAAGCAAUCGAGCGUGAAAAUCAGCGACGUUCACUUCCUAAACAUAAAGGGCACCACAAGUUCGGAAAUUCCGGUAAAUCUCGCCUGCAGCACGAAAUUCCCUUGCGAAAAUAUCGAGCUGGCCGACAUUGACUUGGCGCCCGUGGGCUCGAUUAGCCUCAAAUCGGCUUGCGAGAGUGCCAAAACGUUACUCAAAGGCGUGCAGAACCCCCCGGGGCCCUCAUCUUGUGUAUAG